GACUCCAGGAGUCCUUAGGGUGAGAGCUGCUGGCUUCGGGGUGGAGCCGGUGGUUCGUUUACGCGAUCGCGAGUCGGAGCCCGAGGGUCAGAUCGGGCAGGAGAGGUGGGCCGCCCUGAUCCGGGCGGGGAGCUCACCCCUCAGCCGACUGCAUUUUGCAGAGGCCCGCGCGGCGCGUUUCCCUGGGUCUGCAGGCUUUGCCCUCCCAGGACCCUGCUGUUCUCCAAGAGAGAAGCCAGGAAAAGAACGCGAAAAUGACUGUUGAACUAGUGAAAACCAUAGCAGAGGACUUGGUGACAUUCAAGGAUGUGGCAAUAGACUUUUCCCAGGAGGAAUGGGACUGGCUGAACCCUGCUCAGAGGAGUCUCUACAGGAGUAUGAUGCUGGAGAACUAUCAGAGUCUGGUAUCACUUGGACUUUGCAUCUCUAAGCCAUGUGUUAUCUCCUUAUUGGAGCAAGGGAAGGAGCCUUGGGAGAUGAAGAGUGACAUGACAGGAAGCAUAUUCUCAGACUGCGAAUCUAGAUAUGAGACACAAAAAUUAUCUCUGAAGCCAUCUAUAUAUGAUGAUAUGUUAAUGGAGAGAAUUACAAGCUAUGGACUUGAGCAUUCCACUUUCAGAGAAAAUUGGAAACGUGAAGAUCUUUGUGAAAGGCAGCUGAUAAGUCAAGAGACAUUUAUCAGGCAAGAAACACUCACUCAUAAAGAAACCCUUACUAAAGAAAUAGACCACAAAAAUAACAAAUCUUGGAAAUUUGUCUAUCUAGACAAUGCAGGAGAGAAUGUCUAUAAUCACAAGCCUAAUAAAAUGAACUUUUCCAAAAAUUCUAUGGUGAAAAAACACAAGAGAAUCUAUGGAGGAAAUAAACUUUUUAAAUGUAAUGAAUGUGAGAAAACCUUUACCCAAAGGUCAUCUCUUACUGUUCAUCAGAGAAUUCAUACUGGUGAAAAGCCGUAUGAAUGUAAAGAAUGUGGGAAAGCCUUCAACCAGAGUCAGCAUCUAGCUCAACAUCACCGAAUACAUACCGGAGAGAAACUCUAUGAAUGUAAAGACUGUGGGAAAGCCUUCAGCCAAAAUGUACACCUUAUUCAACAUCAAAGAAUUCAUACUGGAGAAAAACCAUAUAAAUGUAAGGAAUGUAUAAAAGCCUUCAGCCAGCCUGCACACCUUGCUCAGCAUCAGAGAAUUCAUACUGGAGAAAAGCCCUAUGAAUGUAAGGAAUGUGGAAAGGCCUUCAGCGAUGGCUCGUCCUUUGCUCGACAUCAAAGAUGCCACACUGGCAAAAGACCCUAUGAAUGUAUUGAGUGUGGGAAAGCCUUCAGGCAGAACACAUCCCUUAUUCGUCACUGGAGAUAUUAUCAUACUGGCGAGAAACCCUUUGAUUGCACCAACUGUGGGAAAGCCUUCAGUGAUCACAUAGGACUUAAUCAACAUAGGAGAAUCCAUACUGGAGAGAAACCCUAUAAAUGUAGUGUGUGUGGAAAAACCUUCAGCUACGGCUCAUCCCUUGUUGUACAUCUGAGAAUUCACACAGGAGAGAAACCUUAUGAAUGUGAUAUCUGUGGGAAAACCUUUAGCCAUCAUGCUUCACUCAUUCAACAUCAACGAGUGCAUUCUGGAGAGAAACCUUAUGAAUGUAAGGAGUGUGGGAAAGGCUUUAGGCAGAGUAAACACCUUGCUAGUCAUCUGAGAAUUCAUACUGGCAAGAAACCCUAUGAAUGUGGGGAGUGUGGGAAAGCUUUUAGCAUCAGUUCACAGCUGUCCACUCAUCAGAGAAUUCAUACUGGAGAGAAACCUUAUGAGUGUAAGGAAUGUGGGAAAGCCUUCAGCCAGACUACCUGCAUCAUUCAACGUCACAGAGUUCAUACUGGAGAGAAACCUCAUAAAUGUGCUGAAUGUGGGAAGGCCUUUGGUGAUAGUUCAUCCUGUGCUCAGCACUGGAGACUUCACACAGGCCAAAGGCCUUAUGAAUGUGUUGACUGUGAGAAGGCAUUUAGGACAAAAGCAUCCCUUAUUUGUCAUCAAAGAUGUCACACUGGGGAGAAACCUUAUGAGUGUAGUGCUUGUGACAAAGCCUUUAGCCGUCAUCAAUCCCUUACUGUUCACCAAAGAAUCCAUUCUGGGGAAAAACUAUGUGAAUGUAAGGAAUGUGGAAAAGCCUUCAGCCAGAUUGGACACCUUAAUCUACAUAGAAGAAUUCAUACUGGAGAGAGGUCUUCUGAAUGUAAGGAGUAUGGCAAUGUGUUCAGACAACGUGCACACCUUGCUCAUCAGCAGAAAAGUCAUGCUGCAGAGUCAGCUCAAGCACCCAGCUCUUCCUCACCCCCUGUGUCACCAAGGCCUGUGGAUAUAUCUGCUAAAUAUUUUUGGAAUUCAUCCCCUUUCAAUUCUCAUUGCCCUCACUCAAAGCACAUUCCUUUCACCUGGACUAUUCCAAUUGUGUGGAAAAUAGAGACGGUCAGGCUUCCCUCGCCUGGCCAGCUGGUGACCCUGACCGGUGGCCCGCCGGUCCAGCACAGUACUGUGGUGAGCUCGGCGGCCACGGUGGGGAUGGGGACGGGAGCGCUGGAAGAUGGGCGUGCCCGGGGUGGGCGGGUGUGUCCGCGCGAUAGCGGAGACAUGCGGGGGGCGGCAAGUGCGGCCGGGAUCGCGGGGCCCCGUGAGCUGGGGUCUCCGGCGCGGCGAGGCGCCCUCCGCACAAAGCCCGGGGCGGGCCGAUGCCGGACUGCAGCGACCCAGGCCGCUUUCGUCCGCCGUGGUCCGGGAAGGCCGCGUUCAAAGAAUGGCCUCACCUCCAAGGGCCAGGGAAGAGCAGUGACCACAGGGCUUGAGAACAGAGCCUUGCCUUUCAGGGACACUGCCCUUCCCCAGGAGAGGAGGCACAAGCAGGAAGCAGCAGGGACAGAAAAUGAAUCCCAACCCAUGUCCCAGAGCUUGGUGACAUUUGGGGACGUGGCCGUGGAUUUCUCCCAGGAAGAGUGGGAGCGGCUGAACUCUGCUCAGAGGGGUCUGUACAGAGAUGUAAUGCUGGAGAACUACCGGAGCCUGGUCUCGCUAGGACUUUGCUUCUCUAAGCCCGAUAUGAUCUCCUCAUUGGAACAAAGGAAAGAGCCCUGGAUGCCGAAGAGAAAGUUGAUGAGAGGCCAGUGCCCAGGCUGGAAAGCUGUGCCAGAGACCAAGGAGGCACCUCCACAGAACUUCUAUGAAGGAACGUUGUCCCAGGCAGUGCUAGUGGGGACACGCACUAGUUGCAGUAUGGAACGCUCCGUGUUAGGGGAAUCCUGGGAUUAUGAAGCUCUGUUUGGGAGGCAGCCGGGCUUGGUGACCAUUGCAAAUGUGGCCAUAGAUCUCUCCCAGCAGCUAGACCCAGCUCAGAAGAGUUUCUGUAAGAAUGUGAUGUGGGAGAACCACGAUCUUGGGUCAGUAGGAUGCUGUGUGUCUGAGCCAGGUUUGGUUUCUUUACUGGAACAAGGGAAGGAGCCCUGGCUGGUGAAGAGAGAGCUGACGGGAGUCCUGUUCUCAGGCCAACAAUCUGUACGUGAGACCCAGGAAUUAUUUCCAAAGCAGGAUUUAUUUGCUGAAGUGGUAACAGACAGAACUUUAAACACUAAUUUGGAGUGUUCCACUUUCAGAGAAAAUUGGGAUUCUGAGGGUGUGUUUGAAAGGAAGCUGGUAGGUCAGGAGACACAAUUCAGGCAAGAGACAAUCAUUAAUAACAAAACCUUCUCUAAUGAAAGAGAGCGUAUGUAUAACAAAUCUGGAAGAUGGUUCCCUUUGGACGUUUCAGAAGAGAGAGUUCAUAGUCGUGAUUCAGUUAAGAAAAGUUUCCCCAAAAAUUCACUGGUCGUAAAACAUACAGGAAUCUAUGCAGGAAAAAAACUUUUCAAAUGUAAUGAAUGUAAGAAAACUUUUACUCAGAGCUCCUCCCUUACUGUUCACCAGAGAAUUCAUACUGGGGAGAAGCCCUAUAAAUGUAACGAUUGUGGAAAGGCCUUCAGCGAUGGCUCGUCCUUUGCUCGACAUCAGAGAUGUCACACUGGCAAGAAGCCCUAUGAAUGUAUUGAGUGUGGGAAAGCCUUCAUACAGAACACAUCCCUUAUUCGUCACUGGAGAUAUUAUCACACUGGGGAGAAACCCUUUGAUUGCAUUGACUGUGGGAAAGCCUUCAGUGAUCACAUAGGACUUAAUCAACAUAGGAGAAUCCAUACUGGAGAGAAACCCUACAAAUGUGAUGUAUGUGACAAGUCCUUUAGGUACGGCUCAUCUCUGACUGUCCAUCAAAGGAUUCAUACUGGAGAGAAACCAUAUGAAUGUGAUGUUUGUAGAAAAGCCUUCAGCCAUCACGCAUCACUCACUCAACAUCAAAGAGUACAUUCUGGAGAGAAACCUUUUAAGUGCAAAGAAUGUGGGAAAGCUUUUAGGCAGAAUAUACACCUUGCUAGUCAUUUGAGAAUUCAUACUGGAGAGAAACCCUUUGAAUGUGGGGAAUGUGGCAAAUCCUUCAGCAUCAGUUCACAGCUGGCCACUCAUCAGAGAAUUCAUACUGGAGAGAAACCUUAUGAAUGUAAGGUUUGUAGUAAAGCCUUUACCCAAAAGGCUCACCUUGCACAGCAUCAGAAAACUCAUACUGGAGAGAAACCUUAUGAGUGUAAAGAAUGUGGGAAAGCCUUCAGCCAGACCACACAUCUAAUUCAACAUCAGAGAGUUCAUACUGGAGAGAAGCCCUAUAAAUGUAUUGAAUGUGGAAAGGCCUUUGGUGAUAACUCCUCCUGUACUCAACAUCAGAGGCUUCACACGGGCCAAAGGCCUUAUGAAUGUAUUGAAUGUGGGAAGGCAUUCAAGACAAAGUCAUCCCUUAUUUGUCAUCGCAGGAGUCACACUGGGGAGAAACCUUAUGAGUGUAGUGCAUGUGGCAAAGCCUUCAGCCAUCGUCAAUCCCUUAGUGUUCAUCAGGAAUUCAUUCUGGAAAGAAACCGUAUGAAUGCAAGGAGUGUAGGAAAACCUUCAUACAAAUUGGACACCUUAAUCAACAUAAAAGAGUGCAUACUGGAGAGCGGUCCUAUAACUACAAGAAAAGCAGGAGAGUCUUCAGGCAGAGUACACACUUUGCUCAUCAGCGGAUUCAUACUGGAGAGUUAUCAACACGUCCCUCUUUACCUUCCACAUCAAGUCCUGUGGAUCUGUUUCCCAAAUUUCUCUGGAAUCCAUCGUCACUCCCAUCACCAUAGUCUCAUUAUUAUUUCAGUUAGACUACUACAAUAGUUUAAAAACUGGUCUCUCUGUUAUUUCGUUUUUGUCAUUUACAAGUUCUUCACAUGGCAGUCAGUAGGACUUUUUUUAAGUGUAAAUGUAAUUCAGUCAUCUAAAAACUUGCACUGGCAUCCUUAAACUGGUUAAUGCCUCAGAUGCUCUUAAAACAAUGCCUCGUCCACACUAAGUGUUGAGUAACUAGCUUUUUGGGGACAUUGAAGCAUUACCAUAGUUAGCUCUGAAUAAAAAUGGUACCUAGAGCGAGGCCAGGAGAAACCAGGAUUUAGAUCAGGGACAGGAGUUUCAAGGUAGUCAAUGAAGCUAUGCUUGUGUUGGUUUGAAACUUGAUUCCAUCAUGUUGAGUUAGUGUUGUAGCUUUCCACCUUAUCUGCAUAAUAUAAGGUGAUGUGACCUUGUUGGUGAGAAAAUUCAACUAUACCUCUGACAAGUCUUAGAAAUUGUGUAGAGAACAUGAAUGAGUAGGCCACCUGGAACAAAAGAACUGAAACAAAGGAAAAUGCAAGAUUUAUAUGCAUAAAUUUAAGGCUAUAGACAUGUUACUCAAGAAUUAGAAAACUUGACAAGAUUUGAUCUAUCUAAAGUCAUCUGGACUUAUGAAUGAAUUCUGUUAAAUUUCCAAGGAACCAUUAACCGGAGGUAUACUCAUCAAGUGAGAGUAGGGGUCAGCAAACUGACUCAUGGCCAGUCUCACUGACUGUUUUUGUAUAGCCCAUGAUCUCAAUUUUUAAAAAAUGUUUAAAUGGUUGAGUAAGUGAAGAGAAUAUUUUAUGACAACAUGAAUAUUACAUGAAAUUUAAAUUUCAGUGGCCGUAAAUAGUUUUGUUAGAACACAGCCACAUUCAUUUGUUUUACAUGUUGCCUGUGGCUGCUUUCACUCCACAAGAUCAGAGUUGAGUAGCUGCAACAGAGACAAUGUGGCCUGCACAACCUUGAAUAUUUACUAUCCUUUUACAGAAAAAGUUUGCCCACUCCUGCUCUAGUGCACAGAAGCAUAUACAAAGAUUCCAAUUAUUUCUACGAGGGUAAUACAACUCUCAGUAGCAACAAGAAAAACUGUCAAGUGAUUUAUGACUAGAGGUGAACGGAAAUUAUCAAACCAUUUUAAACAAUAAAAAAUAUGUCAGUAAAAGAGAAGAUAUUUUUCUAGAUGAAAUAGCACUACUAAAAUGUUUGUAAAUUGUCUUUCACAACAGAGUCCAAGUAGGAUAUGUUUACUUUGACAGUUUUAAACAGCAUGAAGGAUAAUUUGGCAAGCAUAGAGGGACAUUUUUGAAGUAGGUUUCUUUGUAGUUGAGAUUUUGGUAAAUAAAAACACUGGCUAUUUAUUUUGGGGGAAUGACGUUUUAACAGUUGGUUGUCCACUCUCCAAAAAAACCCCCAAAACACAUUUACACCUUCCAGAGAAAUUUAAUAUAACUGUGUAUACUACAGUUGGAUUUACUAAGUUGGAUUAGGAGUCCUAGAAGAGAUAAGGAAGAGAUUAAUUUGAGCUAUACAAAGAUUUAAAACUGGCAUGGUAAAAAACACUAAAAAGAUGUAAAAGACAAUUGACAGAAAAUAUAUAUAACUUAUAUGAAAAAAUAGUCGUUUAGGAACAAAGUGCUAUUACACAUAGAAAGCAGUGGGGAAAAACUCAACAGUGCAUAACAAUGGGCCUGUCACAGUUGAAUUCAAAUGAACGAAGAAAAUUUUGUGACAUUCUUGACCUUGCUAACCAGAAAAUUACAAAUUAAAACAUGUUUUCUUGGCUCCUAGAUGGAUUAAAAUCUAAAAUUGGGAUAAUACCCAUCACUUGUAUCAGUGUGGGACAAAAGGUACUUGUUCAUCAUUAGCAGUGUAAAUUUGUACCUUUUUGGAAGGCAAUAUGGCAUGACCUAUCAACAUUAUCAACGUGCAUUUCUUUUGAAGUAGUUCUAGAUCUAGGAAUCUUAUCCUGUUGGAAUAAAUAGGUAGAUGUAAAUAAUAAUUAUUGCAGAGUUGUUUCAAUUAUGAUAAAUAGAAUUCAGUUUCCUGCUAAGCAGAUUAAUUAAAUUGUGAUUAUUCAAUACUGUGUUGUCCAAUCAGUAGAAAGAAGUUAAGCUCUAUACAUAUGCUUCUGUGGAGAGCUGUCCAUCCACAGUAUAAUAAAUGAAAUACAUGAUUUGCAGAACCUAUCUGUAAAAUAAUCUUGUAGUCAGUCAAAAUUAAUAUUGAAUAUAUUUAUAUAUCUUUGCAUGUAUAUGUAUGUGCAUAUAUAUACAUAUAUAUAUUUUUUUCAGUUUGUAGAAAUCUGUUCAUCUUGAACACACACACUUUCCUAGCUCUUUAUUGGCACUUUCACUUUCUUCACUCGAUAUUGUUAUGGUGUACUGCCAGUUACACAUAGCUCCAAUGAAGUCAAUCAGAUUUUUUAUUCUUUGUAAUUUUUUUGGAUGUACAGGGACAGGAGCAGGGCUGAUAUUCGGCUUUAUACAUGGCCCUAAUGGGUAUUUUCUUUCAGUCAGUAUUCAUUUUGAUUGGUUGGGGUCCUUAUUGUACCAGCUGUUUAGUAUGUGGAAUGUCACUCCUGGACUGGAAGUAGUUGGAAUUGAGUCAUACUUUGGCAGCAGCCUAAAAAUUUCUGUCUCUCUACCUAUCACUCUGAUCCAUUAAAAUAAUUUCUGCUUUCUCA